AAAUUUCUCUGUUUUUCCUUUUAUUUUGUCCAAUAUCAUUAAUUUCUGUCAAAAAAUGAGUGCAAUGAGUGAAAGAAAGCUCAUAUGUUAGACACACAUCUCGAGGCUUUUGCUCUGCAGUAUUCUUCUCUCUCUCUGCUUUUCACAUUUUGCUUUUUCUUUAUUAAUACAUAUUUUUAAUCAUUUUUACCCAUCUCUGGAAAAUCUUGGUCUCUGUAGACCCACACCAAAAGGAGACUGAUACUCUCAGCUGCUUAAAUAGUUUCUCCAAUUCAUUGCUUUCAGACUAUUUCAGGUUUUCGUUAAUGCCUUCGGUUUUAUGACCGUCUCUCCCAACUACUUCUCUCUCUUGAAAACAACUAUUCCUCUGUUUUUGGCUCUGAGCAGAGUGUGAUAGAAAAAGUCCAACGAUUUUUCCUCUUCAUUGUCGAUUACACCAUCUGGGUCUUGUCCCUUUCCUCUGAACCAACCUUUUUCUCCAAGUGGGUUUUUUACGUUUUGUGGCCAGAAGAACCCACCUGCUUUUUUGGGGGCUUGGAAAAAAGGUUGCUCUGUUUUACUCUGUUCAAGAUCACAAGGUUAGGGUUUUUGUGGACAAUAAGGGUUCUUUGCCUUUGCACAUUUUGUUCUACUUCCUUUGUUUUCUUAGUUUUUAAGGUUUUUCUGAAGUGGGUCCUCAAUGUUCUAGAGAAAUUCACUUUGGAGGCUGAGAAAAUGGGGUUUGUUUCAUGAAGUGGGUGGAAAGUUGGGUUUUUUAAGCCCCUUGGUGGUUCUAUUGCGGUGAAAUUUCGGAUUUAAUAUAUUCAUUGUCCAUAUUUUUAGUUUCACUAGCUUUUGUUCAAGUGGGUUUUUGAUAAUGGGGUUUGUUUCAAGGACUAGAUUGCCAAGGCUUUUGGUGGUCUUAUUGAUGUAGUGAUUUUUGUUCAGUUGUGGUGGGGGUUGUGUUUUUUGGAUUUUGAGAAAAUGGGUUGUGGUAACUCCAAAACUGAUAAAAAUGAAGCUCUACGUCUCUGUAAAGUACGGAAGAGAUUCAUCAAGCAGGCCAUUGAUUCAAGGUAUGCUCUAGCAGCUGCUCAUGUCUCUUACACACAAUCCCUUAAAAACAUCGGCAUUGCUCUUCGGCGGUAUGCUGAGGCCGAGGUCUUGAUAGAGUCAUCUCUGUCGGAUAAGACCCCAUCACAUUCAUCAUACCCGUCACCGUCUCCGUCACUUCUUGCCGAUGUUUCGGACUCACCUUUGCACAAUGAGAGCCCCCUUUCCCCGCCUGUGGCGGCUAUUAGCUAUAUGAGGUCUGGUGGUGGUGCUGCUGUUACUGUUAUGGUCAAUCCGAGUGGUGUUAAUAGUUAUGUGGAUGAGGAAUCAAUGGCAUUUCCUGUGCCACCACCACCUCCCCCUCAUCUUGAGUCAGGUUCUUGGGAUUUCUUUGAUCCCGUUGAUGAUAAUGUGAGCUUUAGGUUUGUGGAGCAUAGUGGGUUGGAUAUGAAUUUUGAUGAUAUGAGUGGAUGGAGACAGUUCAAGAGAGAGUUUGAUUUAGGUGGAACUAAUGAAUUUCAUGAAGGUUGGUCCCAAUCAGAGCAAAAGGCUGGUGACAUCCCUGGUAAUAUAGUGACUCGAAAUAAUAGUAACAGUCGAUCAAAAGAGCGUAAUGUUCAUUCAAUUACCUCUAGAGGAGUUGAAGGUUCUCAACAAACGGUUGAUGGUAAAGUUAGGCAGCUAGAGUUGGAAAAUAAUGGUAAUGGAUUAGCUGAGACCUCUGCAGGUAAAGUUGCUCUUGAACAGUCUAGUUCAAAAAGGGAGAAAAGCAUGGUGGAGAAAGAUGUAAGUGCAGAAAGAGAGGAUCCUUCAGAGUUCAUUACCCACAGAGCUAAAGAUUUUCUUUCGAGCAUUAAGGAUAUAGAGCAUCGUUUCUUCCGUGCUUCUGAAUCUGGUAAGGAGGUCGCCAGGAUGCUAGAGGCAAACAAAAUCAGAGUUGAAUAUUCUGAGGCUAAAGGGAAGUCAUCUGCCUUGGCUCUUUUGGUGGCUUUCAAGCUUGUUUGUUGCCAUGGGAAGACUGCACUUGUUACUUAUGAACCUUCACAAAAUGUAACAAAGAUUAUUACAUGGAACCGGACAACAUCUACAAGGUCAUCUUCAUCUAGGAAUCCUCUCACCGCAGCUUCAAAAGAAUAUAAUGAUGACAGCGGAAGUGAUUUUGUUGAGGAGUUUGGCAUGAUUGCAGGAAGUCAUUCCUCCACUCUGGACAGACUGUAUGCAUGGGAGAGAAAACUUUAUGAUGAAGUAAAGGCCAGUGAAUCUGUCAGGAAGGAAUAUGACCGGAAGUGUGACCAGCUUAGGCACCAAUUUGCAAAGGAUUGUAGCAGUCAAGUGAUUGACAAAACCCGGGCAGUUGUAAAGGAUCUUCACUCACAAAUAAAGGUGGCAAUUCAUUCUGUUGAUUCAAUAUCUAAGCGGAUUGAGAAAAUUAGGGAUGAAGAGUUGCAACCACAGCUUGUAGAAUUAAUCCAGGGAUUGACCAGGAUGUGGAAAGCCAUGCUUGAAUGUCAUCACGCACAGUACAUCACCAUAUCAUUGGCAUACCAUUCAAAGAGUUUGUCAGGAACUCCCCAAGGAGAUACCCGCAGGCAGAUAACAUCUCAACUCCAGGAUGAAAUUGAAUGCUUUGGCUUAGGUUUUGCUAAUUGGAUCAAUAGUCUCACAUCAUAUGUGGAAGCUCUGAAUGGUUGGCUGCAAAACUGCAUCCUGCUACCGCAAGAACGUUCCAGGGGUAGGAGGUCAUUCUCCCCUCGUCGAGUUGUGGCACCUCCUGUAUUUGUUUUGUGCCGUGAUUGGUCAGCGGGACUUCAAGCUUUGCCAUCUGAUGAACUAAGUAAUGCAAUCAAAACAUUUUUAUUGGAUGUUUGCCAGUUGAUGGACCAACAAGCACUAUUGCAGAAGAAACAGAAAUCUGCUGAGGCAGAAAAUGAAGAACCAGAGAGCAAAGAUGCUGAAAAGGAUGACGAUAGUUCCUCAAAUUUGUGCGGCAAUCAUACAAGUUUGACAAAGGUUCUUGAGCAACUGAACAAAUUUUCCGAGGCUUCAUUGAAAAUGUACGAAGAUAUUAGACACAAAGGUGAAGCAGCCCGAAAUGCAUAUUUGAAUUAUAAGCCUAGAACAUAAGAGUUUUACGUCAUCAUCUAAUAUAAGCACUGGAAUUUGUGGUUGGGAAUAGAUAUCUGUAAAUUUCAUAGUGUUGCAAAGAACUAUUGAAAAGUACAAUUAUUUGGGAGGAGUGUGGGCAUUGGCUUAAUUUUAGAAAGCUCAAGGUGAAAAUUCCAGAUUUAUGGAAUUCAUGUCUUCUUAUACUUACCAAUCUACUACCUUUUCUUAUGAGCGAAUUUGACAGAUUCCUCUUCUUUA